AUUGAGUGAGGCGCGCGCUGCGAAUUGUCUUCUCGUGGUCGGUACAGUGGUCAUUGUCUUAACGUUUGUGGCACCUUUUCUUUGUUGUGUGCUUAUCUAAGUGUUGGUAUUUUAUGUUCGCAUCAAUAAUUGCGAGUAGAAUGCUCUUUUGUUUUUCUGGAAACCUUACACACAAGAAGAAACAACGGUAGAUACUUUAGGAUGUAGUAACCAACACUAUCCAUCAUCAGUAGUGCGAGUAGGGGAAACUUGUCGUUUCUGAGUUCUCUCUUCUAGGUCUUGAGGCUCAGUUCUUCAUGUUUGGUUGUACUCCGAUGGUCUCAGAAGUCUCUAGGUUUCCCUGCUUAUAACUUUGGAGGCAGUAAUUGUCUAUUUGAAGGUAUUUUAUUCGCAAAUCGUAGCACGGUUUUUUUUUGAAGGGAGGAGGAGGGGGGUAAAAAAGCUGCUGACAAGAUCAAUCAACCGUUUGCAAUUCCUGUUGUUGUAAGCGCCUGCAAGGUGAGGGGAACGAGAAAAAGAGGAGUGAAAAGUACUUAUGAAAAGCCUAACAUACCAUUGUUUCUGUGAUACUCGAUCACUAUUGGGUUUCAUUGUGUGUAGCUUGCACCUUGAUUCUAGAUUUUUCCUUCAGCAAAAUCUACGCAUGUAUAUAUGAAUGGAUUUCAGUAUCGCAGAGAUUUGCAGUGUUUUCAAUUCACAAGAAGGGAAGGAUAAUUGCCAAAAGCAAGUGUUGAAGUUGAUCCAGUUCUUGGGUUCAGAAGAAGGUUGGCCAUUAUGUACUUCUGUCCUGCUGAACUCUGAUUCCAAUCUCUCGAAUGUUGAUGCACUCCCAGAAGAGCAGAAAUCUGCCCUGUUCUUUCUGUGCUGUAGAGCAAUCGAAGAAGGUUUAAAAUCCAGUUUACCAGUACAACCGGAUGAGGCACCUAAAUUCGCUGCAUUUGCUUGUGAGUGGUUGAGAUGUCUCAUCAACCCUGCCGAUGGGAUUAGAAAACCGAAAUAUUUUGAAGCAAAGGCUGGUCAGCUAAUUAGCUUGGCUAUUGUACGAUAUUUCCCGAAUCAUUGGUCUUCGUUGUUCGAUGACCUCUUGACAAUACUAAUAGAAGCUACAGGUAAACAAGCUGGUGCAACAAAUAAGUCUGAUGUGGUGGCUGUUGAUUUGUUCCUUGAUAUUCUUAUUGACUUGGAUAGUUAUAUCAUUUCAAGAAAUGUCCAGUUAACCACUGAGGAACUGAAACGAAGUAAUGAACUGAAGGAUGCUAUGAGGGAGUCAUGUGUCGGUUCACUGAUACAUACGUGUUAUCAAUUAAUACACCGAUUUCUUGAUUCAUGUCAGUCGAAUGCAUUUUUAAUUCGAAAAAUCCUUCACACUAUUGGUUUAUACGCUUCUUGGGUCGAUUUAACUCUUGUUGCCAAUGCUGAAUGGAUUACACUGUUAAGUCGUUUAUUACAGCUGUCUGUUGAUAAUUCCUCAAGUGCAAUUAUUCGCUGUGGUCUAUAUUCAUGUCUAGUUGGUUUUGUCAAUAAAGGCAUGCCUGUAGUUGACAAACUCAGACUGUUAACAGGUAUUUGGGAGCAAUUAGGUACUAUGUUGCUGAAUGAUCCGAGUAUAUCCAGUUUUAUGAAUCAUACAGAUACUACUGACAAUGGUGACAAUAACUUGAAUGAUGAUCAGUUGGAAUCUUUAUCUACUCUUGCUACAUUGAUCGAUGCAAUGGGAAUUCAGUUACUGUCAGUGUACAGAAGUUUGUAUGAUGCAAACUCACCAACCGCCAACUGUACUCAGGCGAGUAGUCAAUUGCGAUCGAAUUGUGAUACAAACUCGUGCCUACCAAUAGCAUUAGAAGCUUUAGAAGAUAGAUUGAAUGUUGCUUUACGUUUGUUUGAACAUAAAGAAAGACAAGUUAGCCAAGUGCUUAUGCCGUUUCUUCGGUCUUAUCUAAGCUUGCUGAAAAGUGUUGCAAAUCCAUCAGAGAAUAUGUUAUCACCAGGUAGACGUCGACAGCGCAAUCGCAAUAGUUCUGCUUCUUUAGACUUACCCAGUUCUACGUGGGCCAGUACUACUACUACUACUACUGCAGCUCCUGGUCAUUUGGAGAUCAAUGAAAUGAGAUCGUUUUAUGUGAAGCGUCUUCUGUAUGCAUGUGUAGACAAAAUGAAGUGUCUGCCUAUCCGUGAUGAUCAGGAAGAUGAUGAGAGUGAAUAUGAAGAAUAUCGACAUGAAUUACGUACAUUAAUUGGAAAUAUAACACAAUUGGAUCCAAGAUUUGUAUUGGAUACUAUACAUCAAAUGGUUAGGCAUUCUUAUCAUUUAUUGUGUUCAAGAGAUGCGAAAAAAUCUUCAUUGACUUUAGAAUAUUUACAACAAAUUGAUGUCACACUGAAUUUAUUCUACUUGUUUGGUGAAACUUGUAAAGCUUCUAAAAAUGAUCAUUUCGCUCAGAGUUUUCCACUUCAUGAAAGUAUGAUUUCAAUCAUGUCUACUCUGUGCACCGAUUCAUUCUCGCAUUUACCACAUGAAGUUCUACAAUUGCAGUAUUUUGAGGUUAUGGCACGAUAUGAACGCUACUUUGCCCUAGUUCCAGAACACCUUUUCCAUGUGAUGCUUGCUUUCGUUGAUGACCGUGGUUUACACAGCCCGUGGCACAGUGUAAGACUUCGUUGUGCUUAUUUAAUCAAUCGGAUCAUAAAAUCUCACAGGAAAGCACUCCUACCGCAUACAGAAGAAUAUCUUUCACGUUUUACAGAUCUACUAGAGUUAUCUCUAGAACCGGAUUACAGUGUUUUAAAUAGUGAAGCAAAUGAAAGCAUUGGCUUUCUCAACGGUAAUACUGUUCAUAUAGGCAAAUCCGGCUCAACUGGUUUGGGAAUCACUGAACAAGGUUUUCUUUAUGAAGCAGCAGCUCAGUUGAUUGCUGCAGGCGGUGGUGGUGGCAAUGUUCAACUGCCUGUUUCAACUGACAAUGCCAAUGGAGAAGAUCGUAUUGGAGAGCUGUUUCGUGUUCUACUCACACCUGUAAUGAUUCAGUAUGAUCAAUUUGUCACAAAGUAUAUUUCAGAGCAAAAUCCUAAAAUAGCUGAAGUCCGCGGAAUUUUAGUUAAACAAGUGACUGAUUUAAUCACAAGAACUACUCGAGUAUUUUCACAAUCAAAGUCUGUUAUGACUUCAGGAUGUCAGGCCGUGUUAAUUGAUGCGAUGCGACUUAUAAUUUCAGAGCUAUCACGUUUUCCAACAGAAGCUGCCAGUCCUGGGCGACAGGCUGCAUGUACUGGAGUACGCGCUUUUCUACAUCGUAUGGUUGCGUGUAUCAUGCCUACAAGUGAACCUGGCUCUGUUGCACCCGAGAACUCGGUAACAUCGGAUAUCUUGUUAGCUGCACUUAUCGAUGCUAUCCCUCAACUAGUUAAACCCUUACGUUCUGGAACAUCAUGUUAUAAUGGUGACCAGGUAUCAGAUGUUAUGGACGCUGAACAACGCUGGAAAGAGAUCAGAGAUGUAAUACCUCUUGUUACCCAAGUUGUACUCAGAUAUAAGAAUCAAAGUAUUCCAUUCUUAUCAACGUGUCUGCCAGGUUUACUAGAGGCUAUAAUGAGUGCUGUAAAUGAACCCCUACCUCCAGAUCAUCCAACAUUAUUUGAAGAAAGAAAGUUACUUCGUCGUGGUUAUCUCCAGUUAGUCCAGAGUAUUUAUCAAUCGGUUCCGGAUGUUUUUUCUCAGCUUAUUAGUGAAAAUAUUGUACAAAAUCUUUCCACAGUUUUAGGACAAGUUCAAGCAUGCUUAGAAAGUGAUGAUCCAAUAGGUUUACGCUCAGGUGUGGUAUUAUUUUUACAGUUAAUUCAAUCAGCUGGUCAUGAUUCUCAUUUUUAUGAAGAUUUCUUAUUAUCCCACUUUAUUCCAUUUUGUAUUAUUGCACCAAUAUCUCCUACAUUUCGUACAACCGAUGGUCAAUUCAUAUUAGUUUUGGAUAAAAUCUCGGAGUGCCUACAUAUUUUGUCUGAAAAACAAGAUGGUCUCCAUAAUUAUUUAAAAGAUUAUUUUUUACCACGACAGCAGUUAUCUCCUGAAUUAAUUGAGUCGUAUACGUCUGCAUUGAAAGCAAAUUUAAAGGAUUUUCAAUCAUAUAAUAGGAGCUUCUAUGCGCGUUUCCAUUGAUGUAGUAUCUUGUGAAUAGUAAAUGCUUGAUUGGGAUGGAUAACUUCGAAAUGUGUAUUUCUUCUGUGUAAAAAUUAUUUGUUCAACAUGAUAACUUUGAUGUGUCUAUGCAUAGUAUCUGCAUAGAUAUAAAAAGGAGUGAUUGUGAUGUAUUAGAUUUUUUUUUUCCCUAUUUCUCAUCUCCUGUUUUCGUUGACUUUAUGUUUUCAUGUGUAUAACUUGUGUUCUUCUCUCAUUCCCUUCUGGAUUGAACAACUUAGAGAAUAAUUUGUUUAAUUGUUUCAACAUUCUUGGAUUCGAUAGUGUGUUUUUAUACGGUGCAUUUUUUUGUACUAUUCCAAUGGAAUUUUAUUUUUCAGCUUACAAUCGAUGAAAUAGUCCAUCAUAAAGCUCUUUAUUAAAGAAUUAUUACAGAUAGGCAAAUGUGCUAAUAAUUCCUUCCUUCAUUAAUAAUAGGCUUUACUACUAAUCAGAACUUCGUCAAGUCUCUAUCUCUUUGGAUCCCCCCCCCCCCCACCUCUAUCUUCAUUCUCCUGUUCGCUAAUUUAUUACUUAACUUUUUACCUUUCAGUAAAAUGGACAAAAUUUUGGUAUGUUCUUACUUUGUUUGAAUUCCUCUUAUUUUCUUCUACUUUCUUGUACAUGCUUACUACUGAUUGUGAUUAAUCCUAUGUUCAUAUACAAAUAAACAUAUCGAAAAAAAAAAAGUUUUAUAAAACCAUUUACUUUUCGAGAUUAAAGUACACUGUGUGUAAUAGUAUACCUUUUCAUGUAAGAUGUUCAGUGUUAUUCAGUAGGUGUUGUAUGUAUUGGUACUCAACAGCAAGGCGCUUUUUCGAAACUCUGUACUGAAGUUCUUACUGAUGGUUACACUGCAAACCUGUACGAUAAACGUAGAUCAAAGCUAGAAAUUUAAAUCAGUGCCUAUUGGUGACUAAAGGAUGCACAGGAUUCAAAAUUACGACCGGAACAGGUUGGCUGGCUUCA